AUGAACUUUGCCUCGUGGAGCUCUCGCGGAGGAUGGAAGGAGAACGCCUAUGUGAUUAGGCCCGGUCCCUUCUGCAGAAGUAUCCCACUUCACGACCCCGGUCUCUGGCGCAGAGUGAUGGCCGCAACGUUUGACGAUCCGAAUCGCAAGUGCCCGUUUUCUGCAAAUUACUAUGAAAUUAAAAAUGUUUCUACGGAAUUUUCGUUUAAAAAGGUUCCUGUAUUCUUUUACGGCACCUGGAGAGUUACCUUACGUAUGGUUACAGGGCCGACACCAAGAGCGUGCUUUCGGUUAUUCGGGAAAACCGUCCCUAAAUCUUUAAACAUUAAACAAUAAUUUUCAGAUCCAGAUUUGUUUCUGUUCAUUAUUAUUUUCUGUCUAACAAACUCUCACAUCUCUGCGCUUCGCUUCUUCCCGCCUCAAGACACGAACUGCGGUCGCGCGCGCCAGCCCAACUGUCCCUUCUUCGGCAGGCGGCUACACGAUGACACUGGGUUUCGAUGCUUGUUUGAAUCAUCUGGCGCGACACCUGGAAGAGGGGAAGAAGAGCCAUCUGUGGACCGGGGGUCGGCAACGACGUUGGCGUGACGUCUGACUGACGACAUCUUCGUACACGUAGGGGCACAAAUUUGUGAAUUUCAAAUGAUAAUUCCGAGGAUGAUUCUCAUCUAACCCCGUUAAGUGUACGCAACAUUCACACACUUGCGUUUCCAGUGCAUGCACUUCGUAAAACAUAGUUGUACGUUUACGUGAUAAUUUUGCAUGAUGUAUUUAGCGUGUUACUUUUUGAAUAAAAGUUACAUCAAAUGUUCUAAACUUACGAGGACAUAGGGUUUGGGUUGAUUGUGGUGGGUGAAUUGCAUACGUUCCGAAUAUUUCGUGUCCCAAUUAAGGCACGUGGACCUGUCAACACGACGACGUCAUCGUGCGAUUCUUUUUAUAGCGUUUGCGUGCCUUGACCGAAUGUUGUUUAGUGCAGCGGCGACACAAUAGAGGACUCGACAAUCUCGAUGUGACGGUGAUAGGUCGCCGGUGCUGCUCCGGGCCGCAGUCCAGCGUCCACCAUGACAACUACUAGUGUGUCAUGGUGCACCCUGAUGUUGCUGCUCUUCGCCGGGUUUCGAUCGAGGACGCUGGCGGUGUCACGCUUCAAUAACGUUGCCGGCCCAUAUCGACUCAUCCCCGACCACGCCGAGCGCUGCCCUGUGAGCGAGGGCGGCGCUGGCCCUUUGUACAAGGACAUCUUCUGGCGCGGCUACCACGACCGUAACAACGUGAACCUGUGGCACUACUGGAUCAACUUCACGACCCUUGACAAUUUUGAUGACUCGUAUGAUAUUGAUUUGAACUACGCCUCGUGGAGCUCUCGCGGCGGGUGGAAGGAGAAUGCCUAUGUGAUUAGGCCGGGUUCCUACUGUAGAAGUAUUCCCCUUCACGACCCCGAGCUCUGGCGCAGAGCGAUGAUCGCCACGUUUAACGACCCGAAUCGGAAGUGCCCGUUCCCCGCAGGUUACUACGAAAUAAAAAAUAUUUCGACUGAAUUUUCGUUUAAAAAUGUUCCUGUAUUUUUCUACGGCACCUGGAGAAUCACUGUACGUAUGCUCAAGGCGCAGACCGCAAGAGCGUGCUUUCGGUUUUUCGGGAAAACUGUCCCUAAAUAAUAUCAAACCCAUUAAACGAUGAUGUAUUU